AUGUUUCGACGUUUUCAACGUGCUCUAUCUUGUACAUCGAAACCUGUUCUUACCAGACUUACUGUCACUGCAACGCCUGUUCGGGUGAUCUCGCGAAGGAGAUUUGCGACAGUCUCGCCCUUGAUUAUUGCUCCAGGAGUUCCUCACCCUUCUGAGCCUGCACGAGAGAAAUCCUUAGAUGGCGUUCCACCAGGCGUGGGUAGUCACGUUCUCCGGGCGGCUUCCAGGGGAGAUCAAACAACAUUGGAGGAGAUCAUCAAGCAGUAUGUGGACAAGGCUGGCACGGUCCUCGACAUCUCGCUUCCCUACGAGUCCCGACCAUCUGCGACGAGGCGGCCGCUUUUGGAGGAUGUACAUGAUAGUUGCAAGGACGUUAUCACUGUGGCGCACUAUCCUCAGUUCGGCCGUGAACACAAAAUCACCCUCUCGUCGGGCUUUGCGGUGAACGCCCGAGAAAAGGAUAGGGAAACCUUGAUUGUAACAUGUGCACACACAUUGGAGGAGAUCAGGCAGUCGCCGUUGCUCCUUGCCGGAAAUUCCAAUCCCAUGAAGAAAUUGUCUGGGACGUUCGUCGUCGCUGGCACAGGGGAUACUGUCACCGUGUAUCCCGUCUCUAGAGUUGUAUCGUGCCUUCCUAUGUCUGAUUUACUGCUGCUGUCCUGUUCAAUCCCACCCGGAGUGGUGAAUACGCUACCGGUUUCCCCGUACCCUGCGCAUCGAGAUACCACCAUCCGCGCGCACUUCGUUUUACAUGACGAGUUUCAAGCGGGAAAAGGUUGGAGGCCUUGGGUUGGUGACAGUUGGGGUAAGUGGGUCGAAGGCAGAGUCCUAGGAUAUCGCGACUUUGCUGGACGUGAGACUCAUCCUGGCACAUAUGAUGCCUUAUCGCAUUUGCUAUUCACUCCUCUACCAACUGCAGGCUCAAGCGGUGGUCCGAUCAUCGACGAAGAAAGUGGCUCUGUCGUCGGUGUGAUGCUUGGAAGUCGGAUGGACAGUCGUGUCGAAGGUGUCCGUGGAUGGGGAGUACCCUCUGAGACGAUCUUCGAGAUGUUUACUUUACCAGGGUUGGAGUGCAAGAAGUGA